AUGUGCUCCUUGAAAUCCACCUUGUCUCGCUGGCGACAAUUCCAAACUGCAACUCACCCCGAGGGCGUUAGCGUGGCUGAACCCAUACUCCUGGGCCAUCGACCGGGCUCUCCAUCGGUUGUACGGUUCCGAGACUCAUCUCGCGCAAUUCAACCCGAUACUGCUAAGAAUAAGCUUCUCCUGCUUCACCUUGGUGAUAAAACACAAAAACACGCGGCCGCUUUGGGCAGCGGCCUGUCCAGGCUGCAGUCGUUGCUUGCCAAGAGCCACCAAAAAGAAACGAAGCGUGAAUAG